GAGCCCGGGCCCAUGAGCGUGUCGCUGGUGGUGAUCCGGCUGGAGCUGGCCGAGCACUCGGCGCUGCCCGCGGCCUUCGCCUACAGCGCGGCUGCUCCGGACAUGGCGGCGGAGGGCACCGGCGCGGCCCCGGCUGCUGUCCCGGCUUGUCUGGAGGGGAAAGGCCCCGGGGAGCGGGCGGCCAUCCUGCACCAGCACCUCGGCCGCAGGGAGAUGACCGAUGUGAUCAUCGAGACCAUCCAGCCGCGCUCAGAUGAAACCAAAGCUGCUGUGGAAGGAAGAAAAGCUCCAGAGGCUGCAUCUGCUGAGGACAACAAUAAACCUGACGAGCAAAGCAAAGAGCAUGAGGCUGCUCCUGACUCGCCUUCAAAACAGCUUCCAGACCAGAUCUCCUUCUUCAGCGGGAACCCCUCGGUUGAAAUUGUCCAUGGCAUCAUGCACCUGUACAAAACAAACAAGAUGACCUCCCUGAAGGAGGACGUGCGGCGCAGCGCCAUGCUCUGCAUCCUCACCGUCCCUGCUACCAUGACCAGCCACGACCUCAUGAAGUUUGUGGCCUCCUUCUACGAAGUGAUCGAGCACAUGAAAAUCAUCCGGGAUUCCACUCCAAACCAGUACAUGGUGCUGAUAAAGUUCAGCUCGCAGGCUGAUGCAGACAGCUUUUACAUGGCAUGCAAUGGCCGGCAGUUCAACUCAAUAGAGGAGGAUGUUUGCCAGCUGGUGUAUGUGGAAAGGGCUGAAGUCUUCAAAUCAGAAGAUGGCGCCAGCUUGCCCGUGAUGGACCUGACAGAGCUCCCCAAGUGCACAGUGUGCCUGGAGAGGAUGGAUGAGUCCGUGAACGGGGUCCUCACCACGCUGUGUAACCACAGCUUCCACAGCCAGUGUCUGCAGCGGUGGGAGGACACCACGUGUCCUGUCUGCAGAUACUGCCAAACACCCGAGCCAGUGGAAGAGAACAAGUGUUUUGAGUGUGGAGUUCAAGAAAACCUUUGGAUCUGUUUAAUCUGUGGGCACAUCGGCUGCGGCCGGUACGUGAGCAGACACGCUUACAAGCACUUUGAGGAGACCCAGCACACCUAUGCAAUGCAGCUGACCAACCACAGGGUCUGGGACUAUGCUGGAGAUAACUACGUCCAUCGCCUGGUUGCAAGUAAAACUGAUGGGAAGAUAGUUCAGUAUGAGUGUGAGGGAGAUAUGUGUCAGGAAGAGAAAAUUGAUGCCUUACAAUUAGAGUACUCCUAUUUGCUGACGAGCCAGUUGGAAUCACAACGGAUCUAUUGGGAAAACAAGAUUGUCCGGAUAGAAAAGGACACAGCCGAGGAGAUUAACAACAUGAAGACCAAAUUUAAAGAGACCAUUGAGAAGUGUGACAGUCUGGAACAGAGGCUCAAUGACUUGCUCAAAGAAAAGCAGUCUGUCGAAAGGAAGUGUUCUCAGCUGAAUAACAAAGUGGCCAAACUUUCCAACGAGCUGAAGGAGGAGCAGGAGCUGAACAAGUGCUUGCGAGCAAAUCAAGCCUUGCUUCAGAACAAACUGAAGGAGGAGGAGAGGGUGUUGAAGGAAACCUGCGAACAGAAGGACCUGCAGAUCUCCGAGAUCCAGGAGCAGCUGCGGGAUGUCAUGUUCUACCUGGAGACACAGCAGCAAAUCAACCACCUCCCAGCUGAGACCCGGCAGGAGAUUCAGGAAGGACAGAUCAACAUCGCCGUGGCAUCUUCUGCCAGCUCCUCCACAGCGGGCACAGGCAAACCCUCCUCCAGGAGAGGCCGUGGCAAGAGGGGCAAAUGAACACUGGAAUGCUCUGCUCCCGUAUGGAAACUGGCCAUGCUGGUGUAGGCCAGGCUCUCACCCCUUGGCACUCUGGCUGGGAAUGCCCAGCUCACUAAAGCUCAGCUAGAAAAUUGUCUUCAGAGCUGCUCGUAAAACCGGCUGCCGGUCAGUGGAGGUGUCUGUGGUAUUUAAAAGCAUUUCACUGCACUAUUUAGCUGUUUUUAGGCAGAUCCUGGUGCCCAUUUUGCCUUCCUACCUUUUCAGAAAUCAUGCAUUUGACUUUCCACUUGGAGAGUGGGCUGCUCUGGGGGGGAGGUGUUACCUGCGCAGUACCACAUUCCCCAUGGGGAUGCUGCGGUCUAGGCUAGGCCCAGUGUGUGAGGCUUCUCCAGCUCUCCUGGAUUAAAAGGAUUCUUAGUUAAGAAGUGAUUUCUAUUUAAUAAACAGUGUCAAUUUGA